AUGGCCGAUGACGUGGGCACCACCACGGUGCAGGUGGCGGUGCGGGUGCGGCCUUUGAGCGAGAAGGAGAUCAAGGAAGGUGGCGUGGAGUGCGUGGAGGUCGCCAAAGAUAACACCGUGACGCUCCACCAAGAAAAUCAGCCUCCGAAUGUCUUCGCGUUCGACAAUGUCUUUGGCAAGGACUCGACGCAGCCCGAGGUCUUCGAAAUGUUGGGGAACCCCUUGUUGGACAAAGCCUUCGAAGGCUACAAUGCCACGAUCUUCGCCUACGGUCAGACAGGAUCAGGCAAGACUCACACGAUGAUGGCUGAUCGUAAGUCCGACGAUCGUGGUUUGGUUCCCCGGAUCUCGGACAACUUGUUUCAGCGCGUCUCCAAGCUCUCCUCGGAGACCCGGAAGUUCCUGAUCUGCUGCUCCUUCCUCGAGAUCUAUAACGAGAUCGUCUAUGACCUCCUGGUUCCGCGGGGGAAGAACACCCCGAAGACAGGCUUGGAGAUCCGGGAAGGCAAAGGCAUCGGAGUCUACGUCAAGGACCUGCAAGAGAUCGUAGUGGACUCCUCCGAAAAGGUCUUGAAACUCAUCGACCAAGGAUUCGAGCACCGGGCGACAGCUGCCACUCAGAUGAAUGCCACCAGCAGCCGGUCGCACUGCCUCUUCAUCAUCAAGAUGCAUCAGAAGGACGAGCAGAACGCCGGCAACAACAACUUCUCGAAGAUGAACCUCGUGGACCUGGCAGGCAGCGAGCGAGCCUCCCGAACCGGUGCACAGGGAGACACUCUGAAAGAGGGCGCCAACAUCAACAAAAGCUUGUCUGCCCUGGGAAACGUGAUCAACGCCUUGAGCACCAUGGCCUCCGGCAGCAAGAAGGUGAGGGAGAACCGUUGA